UCCUGUCACCAUAUACUAGUAGUACAUGUAUGUGAAUGUGACUAAGAGUUUGAGUAAGAAUUAACAGAGCAGACCAUGACUUUCCUAAUGUAACUUAGUGCGUUUCGUGUACAAAAUCAUUGAUUGCCAAAUGACUCAACGGUGAACCCACCAUGACAAAAUUAUCGACGUCGUCAUCCCGUUUACUCAUUCUGAACACGUACAAACCAAAACGCAGGCACUCUCCCCAAAGGUUUCUUAGCGGCCAAGGUCGGGAAGUAAACUUGGACUCCAUCCAGAGGUCGGAAAUGACGUCGACGUUCGGCUGAAACAAAACCAGCUGACAGAGUGGAUCACUGACAGAAGAAGGUUGUCUGCCGUCUGAGCUUCAAAUCUGAUCGGGACCAUCGGGUGCUUUUGAGUGUUGUCAUGGCGUGCGCGUACAAACCUCGCGUGGUGCGUGGACUGGGCUGGACACUGGUCGUCCUGGGAUGCCUCAGCGUGACGCUAGGGGUCGCUGCUGACAUCACUUUCGCGGGCUAUCGCGUCGACACCCCGUUCCACUUCCUCAGCGCACCUGUCUGGACCGGGCUGCUGGUUCUUACGACAGGCAUUCUGGGUAUUUUAAGCGCUAAGAAACCAACAAAUAAAUGCCUGGUUAUAGCAUUCUUGGUGGUGGGCGUGCUCGUGAUCGUGACGUGUGUGCUCUGCAUCGCCUUCGCGGCCCUGGGGAUCGUGGUGAACCGCUGCUUACCCGUCUGUCAUCACUUCGACUGGGACGCUUACAAUGCCACUCGGGCACGCUAUGUGAGCUACCCGAACCCGUACAACGAUCCUCAAAUCUGGGACUACCAGACUUUUGACUGUACACCGACUGCCAUCAGCCUCCAUGCAGUGAACAUCUCCCUGGCUUUGCUCGAGAUCAUUCUCGGUUUUGUGGUCUCCAUUCUCAGCUGCUGUGAAAUGCGCCGCCCGGUGGCACAGACUGUGAUCUACUCAGCAGGCCCAGUUCCCGGCGGAGCAGACGGAAACAUUGUGGUGAUGCAGGGCACCCCAGGUGCCCAGAAGCCAGGUGCCGCGGGCGCACCUGUGCAGGUGUUCUACCCGGGCCAGCAGGCGCCACCUCCGUACCAGGUGGACCCAGGUGCUCAUGAGGAGAAGAAAGGUCCCCUACCUGCUGACAUUGUGUAAACACAAAAACAUCAUCAAGAGUUGCUACGAUAUAGCAUGAUAGCAACAUUAUGUAACCCUACAUUAGUCACCAUAUACUAGUAGUGCAUGAAUGUGAAUGUGUUUGAGCAAGAAUACAGAGCAGACCAUGUCCGAAGGUAAACAUUACACAUUUGC